AUGGACGACGUUGCUGGUGAUGACGGCGUGGGCGUCGCCGCCUUUGCUGGCCCCCCCGUGGGCCACGGCGGCCAUGGCGCGGCGGCGCCCCGCCGAGCGUUGAGAGCUGCCAAUAUAUAUCUGGGGCCGCUGGAGGCCUUUAUCAUCUUGGGCGCAAAAGGCGGCUCUUGGGCACGGGAGUUCAAUGAUAUUGUAUCGCAUCUGUUCGACGACGGCCGCCAGUACUUAUUCUGCAUUGUGAUCGGUAGGUGGGAAAUGAUCCCAGCGGCGGAGAUCGACAAUCUGACAGACUUAGACCACAGGAUCGCGCAGUCAGCUCUUGGCCAACACUCCGAUGAAUAUGCUGGGCUUUUGACGUACAAGGCGGUGAACGCCAUCGACGUGGUCCACCCUUUCCAUUGCGAGCCCAGCGACCCGCAGGCCAUCCUGAAUAUGCUCCGAGGUCGUCAAGUUAAGUUCUGGACAGAUCGCGACCAUGGCGUUGACACAUCAUGGGAUGAAGCUUGGUACAGUGUGCUUGAUAAAUAUAGGGCGGUUCGGUUUGUGCAAAAGCCAGUUGUAGUUUGCCCACCUCUAGCAAUGAGCAUCGCGGAACUUCAUCAGGACGUGUUCCACGCAGUUGUGAUUGGUCAUCGGCUGAAGUCAUUCUGGGGAACUGGCCCCACAGCAGGGCGUCUGAAACGAUUUCGAGAGCUUCAUCCCGUCCAGCAACAUGUGCGGCAACACCAGGGAGCGGUCCAUGGUCGUGCUAUCAUGCGGCGUGGACUGAGCGGCAGGCUGGUGAUCAAAUGGCUGGCGGCUACUUCGGACUUGAAAGCCCUGCGGCAUGCUGGAAGAGCUUGCGACAACUGGGCUUCUCUCAUCGCCGAAGGCGCGCCUUUGUCCGAAGAGGAGCUCACACAACAUAUGAAGUCGGUCAGGCUAGAGACCCUCAGGCGGAGCCGGGUACGUUUAGAUUGGCUCUGCAUGCGUCUGACUAGGCUCAUGUUCGCUCGCAUCAACUGGUCCCGCAUCGACACGUACUUAUACAUAGAUUCGUCCCCUCAAGGCAGGGGGUGGGAAAUGCAGGCCGCCAGCGUGAGGAUCAGGAUGGACGGAGUCGACUUUUUAAGACGAAUGCUUCCACCCGUGCUGCUGAUGAGGACCCAGCUCACCUCGUUUUCGAAAGCUGGAGCGCUCCUGUGGCAGAUAUAUCUGUGUUUUGGCGGAUCUCCCGACGCAAUGAGGGCGUUUUUGAGCAGGGUGAGGGGGAUCGUUUCGGACAUGGGGACCGAGUGCAUGAUCGCGAAAAUGGGUGAUAUACUUCCAGAUUUCUUUGCUGCGCUGGGGCUCCGCCAAUUCAUUCAACGACAACCCUUACUUUUUCCUCGAGCAUUGGUCAUACCUGGCUGGCGCCACAAGAUUGACCUUUUAAUUAGACGUGGGUGCAGUUCGCUCAGGUGGUUCCCCGAGUUCAUUGCCCAGGUGAAGGCUAUGAUCUCGUUAUUUCGGGACGAGGCUCUUGGGCUUUCCAAAGCAUGCAAAAGUUGA